AGACACUGCAGCGGCAGGGACCUAGGAGUGGGCACAUGGGGGUGCGGGUGUGCAGGUGCCAAGCGCCAUGGGUUAGGCCCGAGGUUGGAGUCCGGCCGCUCUCCGACAGCAGCCACCUCCUGCUCCCCGCGCGCCCCAGGCGCCACCAUGUCGGGAGACAAACUUCUGAACGAACUCGGCUAUAAGCUGGGACGCACGAUAGGUGAGGGCAGUUACUCCAAGGUGAAGGUGGCCACGUCCAAGAAGUACAAGGGCACGGUGGCCAUCAAGGUGGUGGACCGGCGGCGUGCGCCGCCUGACUUCGUCAACAAGUUCCUGCCUCGGGAACUGUCCAUCCUUCGGGGAGUGCGGCACCCGCACAUCGUGCACGUCUUCGAGUUCAUCGAGGUGUGCAAUGGGAAGCUGUACAUCGUGAUGGAGGCGGCUGCCACCGACCUGCUGCAGGCAGUGCAGCGCAAUGGGCGCAUCCCCGGGGGUCAGGCGCGCGACCUCUUCGCGCAGAUCGCUGGGGCUGUGCGUUACCUGCAUGACCAUCACCUGGUGCACCGUGACCUCAAGUGCGAAAACGUGCUGCUGAGCCCUGAUGAGCGCCGAGUGAAGCUCACUGACUUUGGCUUUGGUCGCCAGGCACAUGGCUAUCCUGAUCUUAGCACCACCUACUGCGGCUCAGCUGCCUACGCGUCGCCUGAGGUACUCUUGGGCAUCCCAUACGACCCCAAGAAAUACGACGUGUGGAGCCUGGGCGUCGUGCUCUACGUCAUGGUCACCGGCUGCAUGCCCUUCGACGACUCGGACAUCGCUGGCUUGCCCAGGCGCCAGAAGCGCGGCGUUCUCUACCCCGACGGCCUCGAGCUGUCCGAGCGCUGCAAGGCCCUGAUCGCCGAAUUGCUGCAGUUCAGCCCGUCCUCCAGGCCUUCAGCGGGCCAGGUAGCGCGAAACGGCUGGCUGCGUGCUGGGGACUCCGGCUAGAAGCCCGGGUUCCAGCCAUUCCCGCCGCCCUGAGCACUGCGCAAGCGCGCGCACGCGUGCGAGGCGAGCUUUCGUACUCCUGCGAAGCCGACACGCGCCAUUGCGCACGCGCACCCCCCGCACCCCCACCCGCACCCCCACCCCCACCCCGCCGCUCCCGUUCCUCUCUCUGUGUGGUUGGGGCCGCAGUUGCCUCUGUUUAGAAUCUUGCUCCUCUCCCCACUAUCCUGAGAGCAGCAGGGCGCAAGCGCUUCCUCCGUUCCCCGAGAGAAGGCCUCCGGAGGGGUAGGAACGAGAGGAAACGGAAGCAUUGCGCCAGCGCGGAAUGAGCGAUGGCUGCGGGAAGGCCGUGGCUACCUGGAGGAGCUGUCAGCGAGUGGACGCGUGCGAAGGGCGUCCUUCUAGAGACAGCCGCGCAUGAGGGUGAGGGACGGCGCGCUCCCGGCACUGCCUCCUUGGAACUUGGAAUAAACUCGCUCUUCCUCGCA